UCACUGCAGUCUUGGCCUCCCUGAAUGUCUCCAGUGUGAAGGAUGUUGAUCAGCUUAGUGCAGCAUUGCGAGCAUGUGUGGCUUUCCCAGAAGAAGUCAGCCUUGAAUCUCGGACCCAGGUGCUGGAGGCUGCUGAGAGAAUGAUCCAAGUCAUAAACAGAGAAACAGAGGAAGGCCACGAAACUCCUUCAUCUGCUGGCAACAGCAUCUUGGCAAUUCUGGGGAGAAUGUUAACUACUGCAGAUGCAACUGUCUACCCAGAAGUGAGCCGCCAUCUAUCAGUGGAACUAGACCUCAGGAACCAAGUCUCCUUUGCCUUCAGUCUCACUCAUGCUCUCAUGAAAUCCCUGAUGAAGUCUCGUGUGCUAAAUGAGGAGACUCUGUCACUCUCUGUCUCUGAGAUCCAUGUUCAAGGGAAAAGGGCAGACUCUAGCCACUUGCUGUGCAUGAACCCCUCUGAAGAAUGUCUUUUCUCUGUGCCCAGAGCAUUUGCUGAGCAGUUGGCAGAGAGCCCGGAGGUUGUGCAGGUCACAAUGGAUCUUGCCAUCAACCCCUUCCCUUUCAACUACUACACCAAUUCCUCUAUUUCCACCCGCCUUGCACUACUGGAAUUCACCACCCCAACAGGAACACCUAUUUCAGUUUCCAAACUACCUAGAGAGAGAGCCAUCAGCCUGCGGUUGCCAACUGGGCAACAGAAGUCACAGGACUUGCCCCAGAAACAGGUCUUCAUCCCUCCAAAGGAGUCAAUUAACUUUACCGUGAAAGUGGAGUCAGGCGGUAAUGAUACCAGGACACACAUCCAUGUCAGUUUCACUGUGCAGAAAGGCUUCAACCAGGAGAAGAAACCCUCACUUUGUGUCUACGGACAUGAUGCACCAUCUCCUAAUGAGCUCCACUACAGUCUGAAGGAGGAAAUUAUAUUUUAUAAUGGACUGGAACAAAGCAGACACAGGGAGGUCACCAUAUUAAUUUCUUCUCUAAACCACCUCAAUGAGACUCAUCAGGAGUAUUACAUCAACAUCACCAGUCACUUCUGCUGUUCUUUUGUUAGUGCCCAUGUCUCUGUCUUUGCCAGUCUCUGCCAGUACUUCCAUUUUCCCAGCAUGCAGUGGAGCAUAGAGGGAGUGACCCCAACAGCUGCCUCUAAUCCCAAGGAAAUUGUAUGCCAGACACAACAUCUUACUGUCUUUGGGGCUAGCCUCUUUGUACCUCCUCACAGCGUUGUCUUCCUGCCACCGAAGGCGCAUUCUCAGCAGAAUCCUUUGACAGUCAUCACUUGCUGUGUUGUCUUCGCUAUCUAUCUGGGACUAGCACUGAUAUCCCAGAAACUGGAUGAUAUUGACAUCAGUCGAGCAGGGAUUAUCCCUCGAUGUGGCCAACCUGGACAGUACAAAUACUGGGUGAUGGUGAAGACUGGUUGGAAAAGAGGCUCAGGUACCACAGCCCAUGUAGGGAUCAGCUUAUAUGGGCUGAACAAAAGUGGCUCUCGCCAUCUGGACAAAGGCUGCGCUUUCCAGAGAAAUAGUCAGGACAUUUUCCAGGUGGAGACAGAUGCAAACCUAGGAGAGAUUUGGAAGAUCCGCGUCUGGCAUGAUAACACUGGUCUGGAUCCUUCUUGGUAUCUGCAACAUGUCAUUAUAUGGGACAAGCAGACAAACAAUAUGUAUUUCUUCCUAGUGGAGGAUUGGCUGUCUGUGGAAAAUGAAAAGAAUGAAGGACUGGUGGAAAAGGAGGUGCUGGCAGCAUGUCCCCAGGAGCUGAAGUACUUUUCCCGGAUUUUCCCUGCACAAUUGCGUCUUGGCUUUUCUGACUGGCAUGUUUGGUUUUCUGUCUGGAGCUGUCCUCCUAACAGUCGUUUCACUCGAGUGCAGAGGCUCACUUGCUGCAUGCUCAUGGUUAAUCUCUUCUUGGCUGCCUGUACCAUCUGGUAUGGUGCAAUAGGUGUUGAGGGUCACAGCAAUCCCUUGGGGAGGCAGACGUCUGUAACAGCAGAGAGUAUUGCUGUUGGAGUAACUGUGGCUGUAGUUGUUUACCCAAUACAACUACUAUUCAUCUUCUUCUUCAGGAAAACCUACAGUAAGGUCAUAAUAGAAGACCCUGACCCACCUGCUGAGGACACUCAAACUGUAGAGAUGGAAGUGUCUCUGAACUAUUCUAACAUGGGCAGCAUCUCUUUCUUAUCUGUCCCUGGGAGAAUGGAGUCCAUUGUGGAUAUGUGUUCUGUCAGCAGCGAGUCCCCCAUGAAUGAAAGUCCAGCUUCCAACAAGAAGAACCUUAAGGGAGUGAGAAAAGACAGGAUUGUCAAACAAUGGCCUUCAUGUGACAACAUCUUUGAUACCCCUGACUUUUGGAACUCUGAUUCUUUGAAAAAUCAGAGUAGGAUCCUCAAGAGGAAGAGGGCUUUGGUAAAGCUGGGAAUGGAGUCCUUCUCCAGCUGUGAUGAUGACCCAUUGUCAUUUUCCUUAGAAGGUUCUGAGGACAGUAGGAGGUCCAGCUGCGUCCAUCACUCGGAGAGAAUUUUUAUCAAUUCUGGCCAAACAAAACCUCAGGAGAACAUCUCUAACUGUGUCACAUCUGACAGCGGAAGGUUUUCACCAGAAGCUGAGACAGAGAUUGCCUAUGAUGGGAUGGAAAGUCCCUGUAGUGGCUGGUCUGAUGGGAUCACACAGCAUGGGAACAGUUGGGGCUUUUUACGCAAGUCCAUAUCUUAUGUUUCUACUAUGACAAGCAUUGGCAGUGCUGUUCUUUCUGAUAUGGAACCUUCUCCUUCCCCAGUUUCAUCAGUUACCACCCGGAUUGGGGUACCCCGAAGACCUCAGGAACGGCUGUUCCCUCCUGCGAUGCUGCCAGCAAUCUACAUGUUAAUCUUCUUGCUGGUAGCUGGCUGUUUUUCCAUUAACAUUUGUUAUGGUUCUUUCUUCCUUGAACAUACUACCUUGAUGUGGCUGAUCUCCUCUUCCUGUGCUUUUAUAACUUCUGUCACCUUUCUGGAGCCAUUGAAGGUAGUGAUUGGGGCUCUGCAUGCUGCCCUCCUUAGCAAGCCAGUGGAGUGUGAAGGGGAGGUGCUGGUGGAGAAGCCUCUGGUGAAGCAGAUGCCUGAGAGAGUUGGGAAGGUACGAGUGCCCUGUGGUUAUGGGCUGUUGCAAGCUAAGGAAGAGGCCAAAAAGGUCCGUGUACUUAGGCGGAUGAUGCGGAACUGCAUCACUCACAUGCUUUUCCUCCUUGUGGUGCUGGCGAUCAAUUACCAGAGUUGCUUCCACGAUAAGAACAUCCACCUUUUGCAUGCUGCUGUCAAACAGGCCAUCACUGUAACAAAUGACAAAGGACUGAACUUCACUUCUGUGCACAGCUUUUCUGAUAUGCUGGGAUGGAUAGACUCUGUGCUCCUGAAUUACCUUUACAUCAACCCAAGGCUGAAACUAGUAGGAGUGCCUCGACUCCAGCAACAAAGCUCCACUGGAAUACUGACAGGACAUCUCCAGCCUGGAAUUAAUUCUCCAUCAUACCACAUCACUACUGCCAACAGCUCUUGUCCCUCCUGCUUCUUGUCUGUGUUCCAAUCAGAAGUUUCCCAGACCAAUCAGGUGAACGGAGACAUGUGCUCUGACCCAGCUCAGCAGGACUCUUUUAGGUUCUGGAUCUGGGGACAGGAGGGAUUUUACCAUCUUAAUACUGGCUGCUCAAAGGAUCUUGGGAACAAUUCUGCAACAGCUCAGGGGAUACUCCAUGACCUACAAGCAAGCAGCUUGGUCAAAAAAUGGACUAAAGCUGUGUUUGUUGAGUUCACCCAGUAUAAUUCUGAUGUCAAUCUGUAUGUAACGGUGAUGCUCCUAUUUGAGUUUCCGUCAGACAGACCAGCAGCGUCUUCAAUAUACAUUCUCCCCUUCCAAUUGUUACACUUUGGCAAUGGCCUGGAUCUUCCUCUCGCCUUGGUGAUAUGCCUCCUUCUCUUCAGUGGAACUUUUCUGCUACCAAACUUGACAUCUACAUCUCAGGAAAGAGGUCCUUAUUUAUGGAAGAGCCACAGUUGCUUCCAGCUCCUCCUGACUCUUCUCUCUAUAGCUGUUGCUGCCUUGCACUUUGGUUAUAUCCAUUUGACAAAUGUGCGGUUGAUGCAUUACCAGAAGCACCGUCAGGCUUUUACCAGCUUCUACGAGGUGGCAGUGCUGGCUCAUCUGGAAGCCACUUUCUGCGCCUUGCUGCUGACUUUCACCGCGAUGAAGAUUGUGCAACAGAUGCACUUUGUCCGAAGAUGGUCAGUGUUUGGAAAAACCUUCCAACAUGCUCUGAGAGAGCUAGUGGCUACUACAGUCCUCUUCCUCCUGUUCCUUCUCAUCUGUGCCCAGUGCGGCUGUCUGGCUUUCUCGUUGACCGUGGAAGAGUUCCAGACACUCUCAUCUGCCUUUUCAGCUUUGCUUUCUGCUCUCCAUGGGAAGAUGCCUUUUCUCCCAUCUUUGAUCCAGGCGUCCCCUAUCAUGGGCACUGUGUAUGUCCUCAGUUAUGGAGUCAGCGUGCUCUGGAUUGGGCAGAGCUUUCUUUGUGCUUCUAUCGUUCACAGCUACCGCAUUGUCCGUUCUGAGAUCUAUCAUCCAGUCGUUGGGCCUCAGGCUUAUGAGAUGAUUGAAUUUUUGGUGAAAAGAUUUAAAUGGUGGAUGGGAUUCAGCAAAAUGAAAGAGUUCCGUCACAAAGUGAAAUUUGAGGGGAUGGACUCCUUGAUUUCCCACUCUUCUGGAAUCUCCAAGCCAUCUCGCCUUUCCUCUCCUGGCACCAACUUCCGCUGUACAAGUGCGACCAUUUCUUCCUUUAGCUCUGAAGAGUUGGUGCUUCCUGAAAGUCCUGGCUGUGAUCCAUGCAGCACAGAUUUCUACCUUGGACACCUCCCAUUGGCAGUUAAUGAUCUCCUGGACCACUUUGACAGGAUCCUCAAACUGCUGGAGGAUGUGUGCCAGCUGGAGACCAGCCUGGAGAAGACCCAGAGAAGAAUGAACCAGCAGCGGCCAAAAAAGAACCUUCCAGAGGAGAGGGUAGUUCCUCUUGCUUCAACAGCUCGGCUAGGACUGCCAAGAACCUACAGCGCCUUCUCAGAGUCUGCUUUGGCAAGGCUUCGAGCUCACCAAGUCAGAAUUUCCAGCUGCAGUGCUUCCGAAGGGUCCAAGCUGUAUGCAAGAGACAUUGCACCUGAGCAGAGGUCAGGCUUCAAGGCUCAGCUGGGCAGUGCGCCUGCUACAGGCAACUUCUGCCCAGGAACUUCUGCUCCAUGGCCAAGUCAUUUGUUCAAAAGAAGACCAAAGAGUGAGGAAGGACAGGGCUCCCAGAGCUCUGAAGUUCUUCAGAGACAGAUCCCUUUGAAGAGGAGAGCAUGGCAAACAGAAGGCAUGUAGAAGCUAUGAUGGGGCUGAUCUGGGUCCGGAAUCAGCACCUCUUUCUCUCUCUUCUGGAAUUUCUCUAAUAUUCUCAACAAGGAAAAUAGUGUGUGGACCAGGCAAAGCUUUGUCCUCACUUUUCAUGUUGACUUCGACAAAGUGGGAGGAGCCUUUGAUUUUGUUCCUAGAUCUGCCUUGUCUGACUGUGCAUGAUGAAAAGUGCUUGGCUUGUAAAAUGGGAAUGGCUGCCCUAGCAUUUGUAACAUAUAUGGAAAUGAUCUGCAAGCAAACACGCUAUGAUAACUUACUCAAAAGGAUGCUCAGUCCAAUGCUGCUGGUAGGAAAUGUAUUCAUUUGGCCAUAACAAACUCUGGCUUAACUGUGCUAACUUAAGUUGGUGAGAUUGAAAAGGGACUGCCUGUGGUAGUUCCAUGCUGUCCUUUGCUCAAAUCAUGGAGAAUUCAAAAAUGUGGCGCAGCCUGGCACUUCAGCUUCUGUGUGUAAUCCCAUCACAAUCUCAAACUACUGACUGGUGCCAAAAUGCUCUUGAGAAGGCUCCAGCAGGGCAUUGGUUAAGAAGUUCAAUAGCUGGAAAAUUACUGCUCUGAGUUCAUCCAUCAGAGAUGGGCUAAAGGAGAAGAAGAGUGAACAAUAGCUGGUGGGCUUUCUCAGGUGGGCUUUCCAGAGCUGCUGAAGAAUUGUUUGUAGUCAUAGAUAACUCUGUGUCUGUAGUAAAACAAUACUUGUAAGAAAUCCAUAAUAAUAGUCAUCUUUAUAUAAGACCCUAUAUAUAUAUAUAUAUUUAAAACACAGCUGGACUGAAACUUUCUCAAAAGGCUGUAAUGGGAUAUUCUACACUUUCUGGAGUUCUGUGCUAAUGCAGCAAUCAGCAUAGGGAUGAUACACACAUUAUAAAGCAGUGGUGGCGAACAUAUGGCACUUCAGAUGUUCAUGGAGUACAAUUUCCAUCAGCCCCUGCCAAUUGGCCAAGCUGGCAGGGGCUGAUGGGAAUUGUAGUCCAUGAACAUCUGGCGUGCCAUAGGUUUGCCACCACUGUUAUAAAGUCCUUAUGAGCUCCAGUGGGGUUUAAAACACUCCCCCCGAGAAAACCUGAAAUGGCCCUGGGAAGAAAUGUGCCUAGAAGGAAACUUACAGGUACAGAUGGCUACAUGUAAGAUUCCACAUUGGGCCAAACAGUAGUUCCUGGAGCCAUUUCUGACUGGGCAAAUAUCAUGGGGUAAAUCCAUGUGCAUAGGAAUAAAUUUCCCAGCCCAGAAGUAUGUAUCAGCCCUCAUGACAACUGCAUGGCCUUUGUAAUGUGCGAAUCAGCUCAGAGAACUAACUGGUUUCAGAGAAUGACAGCACUGAUAAAACACCACUUGAUUGCAAUUCUAUAUGUACUUUUAUGAAAAGAGGCAGAGAAGAUAGAGAAUUAUAUAGCAUGGCACAUCCCUCAGACAAGGGAAAAGCCUGACCAAGGACUGUUGAAUGAGUUUUUAUGCCACAAUUCACAUUCAUACAUUCUGUUCCCAAAUACAUUCUGGGUUUUCCAUAACAUUAAUAAACUUCCAUGUUGUUGAAA